GUAUGGCGGAAUUACGCCCAAAGAGCAGAUCUUGAGGGACUCGCACGGGAGCAAAUGUACAACGGCUACCGCCUCUGCUCGGACCACUUCGCUGAAAAUGCCUACGCCGACCCUGCCAAAACACGACUCCUGUGGACGGCUGUUCCCACUGCUGCAGUGGAAGUGGGGUCCCCGAUCGACGAGGGACCCUCCCGGGCAGAAGCCACAGAAGCCACGGCUGGUUCGGCUCAAGACCACCCUGCCGGCCAAAAGAGCGUCGUCCAGGUUGUAGAAGAUGGCCCCGAAACAGCCAGCACAGUCUCCCCUGGAUCGUCCUCUCAUGCAGAUAAUGAUUCCAGCCAGUUCACACCGGUUUACCCCGAAUCCCCAGUGGCUCAACGUCCUCGUCACCUGCUCUGCAUGAUCAGUUCAUUAUUCACGAACGUGUUACUAUGA